CUCUCCUCAUCCCUCAAGACCCACAUCUCACUGGAAGUCCAUUAGUCCGCAUAAACGUCCUCCCUCUUCUUCUCCGUCCUCAUCCCUCAACCUCUCUCUCUUUCUAUCUAUUUAUGUUAUAAUUUAUACACACACAUUUCAUAUGCACACAUAUUGAGAUUUCUUGCUUUAUCCACUUUCAUAUCUUAUUAUCAACAGUCUUAACUGCAAACGACAGUGGGCGGGAUCAAUCUGUGAAUUCGAAAAAUAGGGUUUUUGUUCAUCACUUCACUGCUAGGUUUCACAUGCUCACUCAACCUCAUAUUGCAUCCACCGAGCGGUGAGAGUGACCGAGACAUGUAUUUGUCUGAGAACCCUCGUCCAAUUGAUUUCUACAAAGGAAUAGGAGGAGAGAGAGACAUGGUGAUCCAAGUCUCCUCCAAUGGCGAACUGCCACCUUAUCAUCAACAGCAACAGCAGCAGAUUAUUCUCGGAGAGAGCAGUGGUGAGGACAUCGAACUGAAAGCACCGAAGAGAAGAGCAGAGACUUGGGUUCAGGAAGAGAUUCGAAGUCUCAUCAGUUUUCGCCGCGAAGUGGAUGGACUUUUCAACACUUCGAAGUCGAACAAGCAUUUGUGGGAACAGAUCUCCGGGAAGAUGAGAGAGAGAGGGUUUGAUCGGUCGCCGACUAUGUGUACGGACAAGUGGAGAAACCUUUUGAAGGAGUUCAAGAAGUCCAAGCAACGAGAUAGGGGCAGUGGUUGUGCCAAAUUGUCGUAUUAUAAGGAGCUUGCGGAGUUGCUCAGAGAUAGGGACAAGAAUGGUUGUUCUUAUAAGAGCCCCAAUUCUUCAAAGGUCGAUUCCUAUAUUCAGUUCUCGGAUAAAGGUCUUGAGGAUGGCAGUAUCCCAUUUGGAUCCGUGGAAGCUAGUGGCCGGUCAACAGUCAACCCUGAAAGGCCUUUGGAUCAUGAUGGUGAUCCUCUUGCCAUUACUGCAGCUGAUGCAGUUGCUGCUAGUGGAGUUCCCCCUUGGAACUGGAGGGAGACCCCUGGAAGUGGUGGUGAGGGCCACUCUUCUUAUGUUGGGAGGGUCAUAACAGUCAAGUGGGGGCAAUACACUAGAAGGAUUGGUAUUGAUGGAACUGCGGAUGCAAUUAAGGAGGCAAUUAAGUCAGCUUUUAGAUUACGAACUAAACGGGCAUUUUGGUUAGAGGAUGAAGAUAAUAUCAUCCGGAGUCUGGACAGGGACAUGCCCUUGGGCAAUUACAUUCUUCAGGUCGAUGAAGGGAUCUCCAUAAAAGUUUGCCUCUAUGAUGAGCCUGACCACAUGGCUGUUCAUGCUGAAGACAAAACGUUUUAUACUGAAGAAGAUUUUCGUGAUUUUCUCUCUCGCCAUGGCUUGAUAGGUUUAAGAGAAAUAAAGGGCUACAGAUGCUUUGAUAAUUUGGACGAUCUGCGCCCCAGUGCAAUCUACCAGGGGGUGAGACUUCUGGGGGAGUAGAGUUUUGUUUCCUAGUAGCCUAAGGCUUAAUUUAAACUAUCAUUUGAUUUUUCCCCAUCAGUGAAAAGUCGAAGCAUGAACUGUCGCUCACUUUGUUUUCCUAAAGUUGUAUAGUCCAAAGUUCCAAAAUACCAUCCAUUCAUGGUUAUGUUGUAUUCUUUCUAGCAUUUUGCCAUGAACAAAAUGGGAAAAAAGGGUGGAAAAACAGGGGUUAAAUUGUUUGCAGUAGACAAAAUAUAAUCAAAAUGCUUGUCUUAAUUGUUUGAAUA